CACCUCCCUCAGCUUGUGUGUGUGUUUCUGCAAUGUGGCAAGAGAGAGAGUUUCCAAACCUGGUGACCGGGCCAGUAGAGCUGUGGAGGUGGAGCGAUGCGCUGAGGAGCAGGGAGUUCCCACAGCACAAACACAGCACACCGCUGGAGCUAGGAGUCAGCUGGACUGACACUAUCGUCAGAGCCCUCCACAGCCCUCCACACACAGAGAUCAAGGAACAAAAGAGCAUCAUGGGGGAAGAGGACCACGACUACGACUACUGGGACUACGACAACUCCAGCUCCAACGGGAGCCACGUCGACUACACUGACUACCACACCCUCUGCGACAAGGAGGAGGUGCGCUCGUUCGCCCGCGUCUUCCUGCCCGCAGUCUACUCCCUGGUGCUGGUGCUGGGCGUGGCGGGGAACGCCCUGGUGGUGGCGGUGUACGCCUCCCCGCGGCGCCUGCGCACGCUCACCGACGUGUGCAUCCUCAACCUGGCCGCGGCCGACCUCCUCCUCCUCCUCACGCUGCCCUUCUGGGCGGCGGACGCCGUGCACGGCUGGCGCCUGGGCGUGGCCGCUUGCAAGCUGGCCUCCUUCCUGUACGCCGCCAACUUCAGCUGCGGGAUGCUGCUGCUGGCCUGCGUCAGCGUCGACCGCUACCGGGCGCUGGGAGGGCGCCAUACCGCCGCGGGUCCCUCGGGGGCGAGCCCCGCGGCCAGGAGACGGUGGCGGCUGCUGGUGUGCGUGGCGGUGUGGGUCGCGGCCUCGCUCCUGGCUUUGCCCGACGCGGUGUUCUCCACGGUCAAGCACGGCCACGCCAGGCCGGCCUGCACGGCCGUCUACCCGCCCAGCCUGGCUCGGCCGGCCAAGGCGGCCCUGGAGAUUGCGGAGGUGGGCCUCAGCUUCCUGCUGCCCUUCCUGGUCAUGGCGGUGUGCUACUGGCGGGUGGCGCGGGCGCUGGUGGGGGCGGUAGGGGUGAGGGAGGGGAGGCGCUGGCGAGCCCUGCGCGUGCUGCUGGCCGUGGUGGCCGUGUUCCUUGCCACCCAGCUGCCCUACAACGUGGUCAAGCUGUGCCGGGCCAUGGACGUCAUCUAUGCGCUGGUCACCGACUGCGGCGUCAGCAAGGGUCUGGACCGCGCCGCCCAGUUGACCGAGAGCCUGGCGCUGAGCCACUGCUGCGUCAACCCCGUCCUCUACGCCUUCGUGGGCUCCUCCUUCCGCGGGCACGUGCUGAGGGUCGCCAAGCGCUUCGGAGAGCGCUUCGGGAGGCGCGGGGGUCGCCGUGGAAACGAGGAGCCGGCGGUGGAGAUGUCGCUGAACGCCCGCGCCAGCUCUCGCUCGGUGUCGGAGGACGAGGACACGAGCACUUUCACCAUCUGAGGCGCAGAACUUGACUCGUCUUCCAUUUUCCCGUGGAGAAGCGAGGGGACUAUCCUGCAUGAGACAUUUCUAAUAAGAACUUUCCUGUACUGAAAGCUCAAUGUAUCGCCAUUCUUUGACACUUUGGAUGCUUUGGAGAAAAACGUUAGCUAAAAUUUACACAUUAUGGUAUUUUACAGAUCAAUGAUGAUCAAUAUUACUUGUUUUUUCACAGAAAUUAUAUUGCAACUGCCUUGGUGUAUAAAGAGGUAUAUACACACAAAGAAAUCCCUACUUUUUUAUUAAAAGCAGAGGUAUUUUA